AUGAGUUAUCGAGGAGGUUAUUGUUCGUUUGAAUUUAAACUUGAAAAUGUCUUAAAAGUAACGGAGAAAAUUUAUUCACCACCUUUUGCAACGUCAACUUGUCGACAUUGGGUGUUGAUCUUUGACCCGUAUACGAAUGAUCCAAAGACUUAUCAAAUCCUUCUUUGUACGAUACUCAACAAAGAAUCAGAUCGGUUAGCGGAUACCUUCUUGCCUUUAAAAGUGAUAUUGAAAUCUCCUUCAGGGGAUAUUCUCCAUGAAGUUUCUACGAAUGAUAAGAUAUUUAAUAAAACCGGGUUAUUUCUUGUUCACAAACGUCCAAGAUCUUCGCUACUUAAUAAUAUAAUUAUUAAUAUACAAUUUAGUGAUGUUCGAUUCACUAAAGUUCCUCCCAAAAUGCCAUUUGGAACCAAACAAGUGGCGGAAAAUUUAAUUCACGCGUGGUCUCAUGAAUUAAACAAGCCGGAUCGAGGAGACGUUAGAUUUAAAGUUCAGGAUAAAUUUAUUUAUGCAAGCAGUUCAAUUCUUGCGACGAGGUCGGAUUAUUUUAGGACAAUGUUUGAAGGUGAUUGGAUAGAAUGCAAUAAACAAGGAAUUUCGGCAAAUGAUAAUGAGAAUCGACAUAAAUAUGAGAUCGAAAUUACGGAUUUUGAUUAUGAAACCGUCCUUGCUAUGCUUCAUUUCUUGUAUACGGAUGAGGCCAAUUUCGUAAAUUAUAGUUUAGACAAUAUAUGGAACUUGUUUAGCAUUUCGGAUAAAUAUUUUGUGGACGAAUUGAGACAAAGGAUUAAAAUUCAUAUCAUUGAUCUACUGAACGAAAGGAAUGCAGCUGAAAUGUUAUUUAAAUAUGCGUGGAAAUGGCCCGAUUUAAAAGAUAUCAUCAUAACGUUUAACGUUGAACACUUUUUAAAAAUUAGAAAGACGAGAGGAUUUAAACAAAUCGUUUCUUCGAAAUCAGACUAUCCAAUGUAUCAUGAAAUACUUGAAGAAAUGAUUUUAGAAUUAUACUCGGAGGAUGAAAAUCUGUGA